GUUAAUAAGAAGAACCCUUGGUAUACCAAAUUCUAAAAGGCGAAAAUAAAAGCAUUUUGCAAAAGUUAUUGCCAGACAUCGCGUCAAAAUACAAAGGCCUUUGUAGUUGUAUCUAUCGGCGUUCAUUUUCUAAAUACUUCAAAGCAGAAAAUAAUUGCAAAUGAAUUUGAGCAGCAAAAAAGUUCCAUUUCUUGAGUGGAUACAUUGCAAUAGCUGUUAUGAUCUGUAUGUGAAUAAAACACGCAUAUUUUACUUAGUAGCCGGCUGUUUUCAUGUCCUUUGCGCUAAAUGUAUACGUGAAGUAAAACCAGCGGGCUCGAAUGGACCGUCGCAUUAUAAAUGUGCAGUUUGCAAUAAAGCUGCUCGCGCUUGUGAAAUAAACAAUAAUAUGCCUACAAAUCUGAAGAAUUUAUUUCACCCAUUUCCCAAUGAAGAUGACAUGAAUCUAUUUGCAAUUGUGCAAUUUCAGCAAAGGCAUCAGCAACGUUUUAGGAAUUACCUUGAUAGAAUGAAUCGUUCUUUAAAAGAGAACAAGGCGGUUUUAUUAAAACGCCGGGACGCAGCUAAGACUACAUAUCAAGAGUUGCGUGAAACAAGAGCUGAACGCAAACAAUUGGAGCGACGACUAUUAAUGGUGAAAAAAAGAUAUCGUGAAAUGGAAGAAAAAAAAUUAAAUCAAUCAAUUUCACACAAUGCUAAUGAAUCAAGUAAACUUUCAGUUCAUACUAAUGAUCCAAGGUUAAACAGACCUGCUUUACUUAAUCCUGCUGCCGAACAGAUAUCAAUAAAUUUAUCAGGACUUAAAGGGCCUCGUAUGCCCCCACCAGCUUUAUUUAAGCCCAAUGUUCAAAAUAACUCGACCGCUAUUGCUAGCUUUAUGCAGCAAAGCGAAUCAUUUGUCUUGUAAGGAUUUGCAAACGGGGAGCUAUCAUUUUCAAUUGUAAUGCUUACAAAAUGAUUACCAAUUUCUACUAAAUCUCGAAAAACUUUAUUUAAUAAUUCCGUAAAAUACGAUCUUUUUUUGAAUGAAAGAUUUGAAAUGAUUUUCGUGUAUUUUUACGUGUUUUACUCAGCCAAGCUAAUCUUGUUUUUUUGUGCGUAAUACUUAUAAACUUAGUAGCUCCUAUCGUGCAAGCACCUCACUUAAUAAAUAUGAUAAAAAGUAUUCUGCAGAAUGCAAUUUUUUUUUGUAUAUAGAUACAUACAAGUGAUGUGCGUAUACUGCAUAAAGUUUGA